AUGAAUUCUGAUACAGCUCGUCAAUUAUUUGAAUCCGGUGGUAUAUUACUCGUACUUGAUUCACCAAAAGAUAUGGAAUUUGGUAUUGAUAUGUAUUCAUGGCAAAUUGGAUCAAAUUUUCAUGGAAUUAAAAUGAUUCCACCUGGUAUACAUAUUUGUUAUUAUAGUGAACGUGAUUUAUUAACAAAAGAAUUAUCGAAUCGACAGAGUUUUUUUAUUGAAAUUAAACAACCUAAUGAAAUGUUAAUUUUAAUUCGAUGGUCAUCAGAAGAAAAUCUUUUUCAACGUCAACAAUUAACAUCUGAUGAAUAUGAAAUACGUCGAAAUCAACGUUAUGAAUUUGAUCGUUUACUUGGUCAAUAUCCAUUAGAUACAUAUCGUCAAUGGUUAUCAUUAUCAAAUCAUUUACGUUAUGAUUUUAUAGAAAAAAUUAUUCCAUUAAAUGGUCAUAUAUGUUCAGCAAAUGUAUUUAAUAGUUGUGAAUAUAAAAAACAACCAAUUGAAGAAUAUUCUAUGCCAAAAAAUAUAUCUGAAGCUGAAUCUCGUUUACCUAAAAUGACAUUAAAUUCUCAAUUUGCUUUUCGUUUUACAAUAAUUGAAAAAAAUCUAAAUCUCUAUUCUGGUUCAGAUUUAACACAAUCAAAAUUAGAUCGUACAAAUGAAUUAGAAAAAAUUCUUAACGAUCGUUUUGAUUCAAAUAUAUAUGGAAUUUUAUGUGAAUUACAAUUAUGUUUUAUCGUAUUUUUUCUUGGACAUUUCUAUGAUGGUUUUGAACAAUGGAAAUGUUUAUUUCAAUUAAUUUGUUCAUGUCAAAAAGCAUUUUAUCGUUGGCCUAUGUUUUAUGUUGAUUUUUUACAAAUGAUUUAUUUUCAAUUAAAACAUUUUACAAAUGAUUCAAUAACUGGUGAACAUUUCUUUGUUGAUAUUGAUCAACAAGAAAAUUCUAUUUAUAAAUCAUUAGAAAAUUUAUUUGCUAAUAUAUCAACAUUUAAUGAUAAUCAACAAAUGGAAGGAAAUGAUUUAGAAAAAUUAAUUGAACGUUGUGGAAAAAUGAAACAAUUUCUAAAUGAAACAUAUAAAUGGACAUUUGAUGAUGAACCAGAAGAUGAAAAACCGAUUAUUGUUGAACUUGAUAAUGAAUAA